UUGGCUUACAGGUGACCAAUGCGCCCAUGCAUCAGGUGAUGACACGCAUUUUUCGCAUAUUUUUGACAGAGAUUUUAGGUUUUGACAAUGUGCAAAUCAUACCGUUGGAAUUUGAGAACCCAAACAAUUUGGUCAACUCUCUGGACACCCUGGACUCUGUCUACAACUAUAAAAACUAUAACAUAAGCAUGAUCAAUUUGCAUGUUUGGAUGACCGUCAAUGUGUUCAGUGCGCAUAUGGAAAAUGUUUAUAUCGCAGGCUCCUCGAUAAUGCCGGGUCGCUUUGGAUGGUUCGUGCCCAGGUCGCUUGUUGCCGAAGAUGAAAAGUCGUACAGCUUGGACUAUGAAAUCUUCAAGAGUUUGAACAGUACAUAUUACGAGCUAUAUGUGCUGGAGGAUCACAUCGAGCAGAUGCUCAGGCGCAAAAGUGUUGAGCAAUAUAUGAAUCCCAAGUGUGUGAAUCGCACAUGUGCCACAAUUCUGGCUGAACAUCGCAAUGAUACGGAUUUCAUAAAAUAUGAAUUGGAAACGAUAUAUUUAAAUGUAUAUUGGUUGGGUGACAAGCUGAGGGAUACGAUAAAGCAGCUGCCUGAGCAGUUGAGCGCAGGCAAAAGAUUUUUAGUGCUUCACUGGGUGACUUCGGAACUCAUAGAUGAAAAGAAUUACACACAAAUCAAAAUGCCGCGCUGUGAGGAGCUCGAGUAUCUGCAGAAGACCAAUUGCCGCUACGAGUUCACUCCCAUACUGAAAAGCCAUGCGCAGCGUUCCUUCGAGAACAAGCGAUUGAUGUAUGCGCUGCGUAGAUUCAAACUGGAGGAUGCCGCUGUGGAGUACAUACGAGCGAAUUUGGGUAAACUACGAGAGCAGGGCAUAGCUAGCACCCAUUUGUAUAAUAAAGUGGCCUGCAAUUGGCUGAAGAGUACGCAGAAAUAUCAGAGCUGGCUGUCGAAAGGAAAGAUACCUCUGACGAUUGGAGGCAUAUUCCCCAUGAGCGACACAAGACGCGGCCAUCAGAAUAUUACGGGCGCAGCUCUGCAGGCAGUCAGAGCAAUAAAUAAUAAUGCAACCAUCUUGCCCAAUUACAAGCUGACACUCAAAAUCAACGAUGGCGAGUGCAAGUCAGCGAUGGUAAUGAAGGCCUUUAUACAUUACUUUUAUGCUGAGCAUGACAUGCUGGGUGUGCUGGGACCCGCUUGCAGCGAGACUGUGGAGCCCAUAGCUGGAAUAUCGAAGCACAUGAACAUGCUGGUCAUGUCCUAUUCCGCCGAGGGCGCCUCCUACGUUGAUCGCAGCGCCUAUCCCUAUUUCUUUCGCACCAUUGGCUCCAAUAUUGAGUAUGUGGAUGCGUACGUUAAGAUCAUGCAGCAACUGGGCUGGAAUCGUGUGUCCAUACUGACAGAAGAUGGCCAUCAGUAUGCAGAGUAUAUGACGCACAUGGACAACAAGCUGAGGCUGCAUAAUUUCACGCUCAGCUUUAAUAGAAAGCUUGAGAGCGACAUUAGCGCUGAGGAUAUGCGUGAACACUUGCUUAAGCUAAAGGAAGCGCAGUCGAGAAUAAUUAUAGCUGAUCUACGUAUGGAAAAUGCUGCUGUAGCCCUUUGUGAGGCCAUCAAAAUGGGUAUGACUCAACGAGAUGAAUAUAUUUGGUUCUUGCCCACUUGGCUUUCCAAAGAUUUCGUGCUCUGGAAUCGCACAGUAAAUGGUCGCUGCACAAUCUCAGAAUUUCGUCAGGCCAUCGAGGGUCAUUUCAGCAUAAGGCACACGCCAUUCGGAGCACCUGAUGGGCAAAUGCAGGAGGAAAAAACACGCCAAGCUUGGUUGGAUGAAUACGGCAGGGAAUAUAAGAAUUAUUCGAGCUAUGUGGGAUUCGUUUAUGAUGCCGUCUGGGCCUACGGCUUGGCCGCUCACAAGCUGCUGCAGGCGGAUAAGCAUGCCGUGAAUCAUUUGAGAAGUAAAGAGACCGUAAGCCAAUUAACCAAACUGCUCUGGGAAACGGACUUUGUGGGCCUAUCCGGUCGUGUUAAAUUCGGGCAAGGCGAGUUUGGCGGCUCGCGCAUCAUUGAUCUGGAUGUACUGCAAUGGCGGAACGCCAGCUAUGUGCUCGUCGGCAAGUUCCAGCCCCAAGUGGAGGGCAAUGCCUCAACAUUGCGGCUUAGCGGCGGCCAUCUCGACUUUAACCGUAAUGCCGUCUACUGGGUGAAUGGCAAAGAGCCUGAAGAUGGUCGCUAUGACUGCAGGUUCUCCUACCUGGCGCGGUCGCUGCGCCUAAGCUGUGCUGUGGCCGAAAUAGUGUUCAUAGUUCUCAUGUGUCUGGCGACUGUCGCGUUUAUGACGCUAAUCUCAUUCUACUUCUGGAAGCAGCGCUACAAUCGCAAGGUGCAGCACUCGGCGGAGAUCAUGAAGAUGUUUGGCAUUGAUCUGAUAACGCCAUCGCGUAACAAAGUCAAUACGCUGGACAAAUGGGAGAUAGCCAAGGAGAAUGUUGUGGUCAAUAGGCGGCUGGGCGAAGGCGCCUUUGGCACAGUGUAUGGCGGUGAAGCAUGCCUAGGCUCGGGCGACUGGACUGCGGUGGCAGUGAAGACGCUGAAGUCUGGUGCCAGCACUGAGGAUCGCCUGGACUUUCUGGCGGAGGCAGAGGCCAUGAAAAAGUUUGAGCACAAGAACAUUGUACAGCUGCUGGCGGUUUGCCUGCAGAGUGAACCGAUUUACACGAUUAUGGAGUUUAUGCUGUAUGGCGAUCUGAAGACCUAUCUGCUUGCCAGACGCAACAUGGUCAACGAGAAGACUGGCGAUGAAUCGGACAUUUCAGCGAAACGCCUGACGAUGUAUGCCUUGGAUGUGGCCCAAGGCCUGGCCUACCUGGCGGAGCAGAAGUAUGUGCAUCGCGAUAUUGCCUGCAGGAAUUGUUUGGUGAACUCACAGCGCGUGGUGAAGAUUGGGGACUUUGGAAUGGCGCGUCCCACCUUUGAGAGCGACUACUAUUGCUUUAAUCGCAAGGGCGUGCGCAAGUUGUUUCCCGUGCGCUGGAUGCCGCCUGAAACGCUGUCCUUGGGCCUCUUUACGCCUUCGUCUGACAUUUGGUCGUUCGGCGUUGUGCUCUUUGAGGUGAUUACAUUUGGCUCGUACCCGUAUCAGGGCUUGACCAACAAUCAAGUGCUGGACUUUGUCAAGGCGGGCAAUACGCUGCAGAUACCUCCGGGCGUUAAGCCACAGCUGGAGGCGCUGCUGCGCUCCUGCUGGAGUCAGGAUGCCAGCAAGCGUCCCACUGCCCUCGAGGUCAUUGACUAUAUCGUCAAGUAUCCACGGCUUUUGACGCCAACAAUCGACUGUCCCGCAACGGCCGUGCAGCUGCCUGAGAUUGAGAGCGAUGAAAUGGAACUGCUGCCACCUGGACGCGCACGCAAGGGCACGCCAUUGAAUCAGGGCUCCAGCUUGGAUUUGCUGCAGCCCUCGAAAAGCGGAAACAGUCUGCAACAACUCAAUUUCAACCAGAGCGAUGAGAACAGCUACGACAAGCUGGCCAAUGCGGACUCUGGCACCGACUGCAUGCAGCUCUGUAGCUCCGGCUCCUUUUCGGCCACUACGCCGGAUGGCUAUAGCAUAAUGUCGCCACUACUCAAGCAUCAGACGCAUGCUAAAUCUGACACUAAGCCUAAGCUCCUACCUUAAUGCCAAUGCUACUUAUAUAGAUACGUUUUAAGAUCUCUAAGAUUAAUGGCCAUUUACUACAAAUUAUGACAUGAAAGUUAACUAUUUUUUUGAAGAAGAAGAAGGUGCGUGUAUACUAGAGAGUACCCUGCAGUGCGGCUGACUGGUUACCGGUCACCAGCUUUGCUUACAAAUGUUUGGCGUUAAAUUACUUAAGCUAUAAUUUUGAUGAAAUCGCCAAUUGGUAGCAGCCGUACUGCAGGGUAUUUUUACAAUACAAUAUAAUACAUACAUAUGUAUAUGUAUUUGUAAAUUAUAUUUUCUGACUUGCAAGCUAAGCAUUUAAUA